GUGGUUCGCUUCUCGCUUCACAGAUGAAACGCAGAUGAUAACAGCCUCCAUAAAUGAUUAAUAUUGAAACUGAUCUUGGACAAUUUGUUGUGAUCACUCGCGCACCAAUCGAAAUAAUAAAAUUAAGUGAAUUUAUUUAAACCGUGUACAAAACGAUAAUGGAAACUAUAAACAAAAUGUAUUUAAUCAAGAAAUGGAAAUAUUAUUGUGAUCUUUGAUUAAAGGAAACCUACAAAACUUUUAGUUAUUUUAGAUUGCCCCGACAAGCUUACCGGGCAAGUGCAAUUUGAAAAUAUGUUAACCCUGCGAUUUUGUGCGCCGAAGAACCGCCAGCAACGCGAAGGAGGAGCAGGAGAUAUUGCAGCAGCAGCAGCUCGUGUCAAGGCGUAUACGCGAUAUUAACAAGAGCAACAGAAACAGCAACAGCAAAGGCAAAAACAACAGCAGGUCCGGAAUCCCCGCCGAGGCAGGGGAUAAAUUUACUCAGCACAGGCUCCAGCGGCCCAACGCCGCCAGACAGCCAAUGUGACCCAGUUAAAGCCAAAGGAUUUAGCUGGCCAAGGACCGCGAGCCAAGGAACCGAAUCGGGAGCCCGAAACGCGAUACGCCGCUUAUACGGGAAACGCGAAACGCGGAGCUCGGGGCGCGAAACACGUCCAAUUCCAGACUCGACACGGAGCAAGGAUUAUCAAUUUGCUUGGCACUUUAAUGGAGUUGGCCAAGAUGCCGGGGCGCCUGAUCCUGCUGGCCCUGCUCAUCUGUUUGCCGGCCAUCAGAGGACAGUCGGAGGAGACAUCAAUAUUAAACAGCAAUGGAACAAAUGGGCGAGCAUUUCAAAGGACUCAAUCAAGGCGCGAGGCAUUAAUUCCGGCGACAACGCAAAUGGCCCAGACGCUGGCCAACAAAGCCAGCGCAUUUGGGCCAACAAUGGCUGCAGCUUUGGAUGCUUUGGAAGCUGCAGCUCCUCCAAACCGCUCCCGCAACAAUGUAGCCAUUAAUAACAUUAGCAACAAUGGCGAUCAGCGGCUGACCGCUGCCCUCGAGGCGAAUCUGAUUAUGAGCAAUCGGAAUAUCCAGGAGCAGCACAGCUAUAGAAUCACGCAGAACAACGGCACAGCUUCUGCAGCUUCGAUUGCCCUGAAUGCAGCGCCAUUUGGGGAUGCCUCCCCAUCGACAACAACUACCACAGAGGCUGCCACAACGUUGCCACCGACAACAACAACAACAACGAGGCGCACAACACGCCGUCCGGUGGCAACAACAACGCUCAAGCCACCGCCAACAAUAGAUGAUUACCAGACAAUAAUUAGCCAGGCCGGCACCCAUGCCUAUCUGCCAUGCAAUGUCAAGCAGCUGGUGAAGAAGCCGAUUUCCUGGCUGCGGAUGAGGGACGGGCACAUCCUUACCGUGGACCAGACCACCUUUAUCGCGGAUCAGCGCUUCCAGUCGGUCUUCUCGCCGAAUCCCGAGCGUUGGUCGCUGCAGAUCAAGUAUGUGCAGCUGAAGGACGAGGGAACCUACGAGUGCCAGGUGUCCACGGAGCCCAAGGCCAGUGCCAUAGUCCAUCUGAGGAUUGUAGAGCCGAAAACCGAAUUAAUUGGCGAGUCAACGCGACAUGUGAAGGCCGGAAGCCAAGUGAAAUUGCGUUGCAUAAUUAGCCAGGCUCUGGAGCCGCCGCUUUUCAUUAAUUGGUUUUACAAUCAGAAGCAAAUCUAUUUGCAUAAUCGUCGCGGUUGGCGUACGGAAAUUGAACGCAUCGAUCUGCCAGCGGAAGUGCCAACCACUAGCACCACCACCACAACAACGACAACAACCACUACUACCAGCACUACGGCAGCGACACCAUCGACAACAACCACAGGAUCAACAGGAGGAGCAACGUCCUCGGAGGCGGUUAAUGGUUUGGUAACCAUAACACGUUCAUAUAUUCUAGAUGCCAUUUCCCAGAAUGAGGUUUCCGGAGUGGGAGAGGGAGUGGGGGUGCCUCUUGUCACAGAGACGUCAACAGCUCAGCUGGCUGCUGAGGUGGAUGCAACAUCUUCGACUUCUGGGACGUCGACGACGACAGGAGCAGGACUGCCCCCGCUCCCCGCCAGCGCAGGAACAGCGACCACUGCAGCAGGAACUGCUGCGACAGGUGACUCCACGGCAGCCGGGGCAACAACAACCAACACCUGGUUGACUACAACGGAGGAGGCAGCAACAACUGCCGCCACAACAACGACAACCAUGCUGCCGAGCAGCAGUUUCAUUAAGCAGAUAACAACGGCUUCUCUCAUCAUUCCGGCCGUAGUCAAACUGGAUUCCGGCAACUACACGUGCAGCCCCUCGAACAGUGCCCCCCGCACCAUUGUGCUUCACGUGCUGAACGGUGAAUACUCCGCCUCGGCCAUUAAGUCGGGCAGUGUCAGCUGGAGUGCGCUAAUUGGAUGUCACGGCUAUUUGCACUGGCGGAAUGUUUCAACGCUUCUGACACUUUUGUGGAUUAUUAAAUUUGCACUGGCCAGGGACAUCUGCCAACCGACUGCCAGCAAAGCCACCGCAAGGACAUCGGGCACGGUGACAGGAGCAGUGGCAGGAGCAGCAGCUGCAGGAGGUGAAAGAGGACCCAAAUCAGAGGCCAGCUUCAUCAGAGUCAGCAGCUCAAUUAGUGCCACCAAAGUGGCAGAGGACAAGACUUGAGUUGUCCUCAGGCCCUCGCCCGGUCACUUGGAUUCUACGCAUUAAAGGAGGCUACGAACUAAGAUUUUACUCGACUUAAAUACACAUUAAAGCAGCGUAAGGAGAGCACCCAUCACCAAGGCAAUAUCUGCAUAACAGCAUCCAUUAAUUAACUUAAUAACCAUACUCGAUUCAUGUUGGUUUUCCAUCUGAGUGUAAAUUAAUAUUGGGAGUCACGCUUAGGUUCCGGCAUAUCGCAUAUUUUGAUUGAAGUGUUGCAAGAAUUGUGUAAAUAGAAUGCACAGUAUUCGCCCUUAACGGAUAAGAACCAUUUCCUUACGUUAAUCAAUUGGGAUCUGCCAUGGUUGUAUCAUAAAUAAGUUAACUAAUCGCGAGGGAUUCGGAACGAGUGAGAUUCCAAAAGUGAAUCACUAAUGAAAAGCCAAAAGAAGGGCAUUUUAUGAAAUAAAACCAAAGAGUUCGGCUCAUUGGCCCAAUAACGACUAAAUGAGACAAGGUUAAUUUUAAAUUUCUUGGGUUUCCUUAAGCUAUAAAUUGUAAAUAUGUACGUAUACCUUCUGAUAUCUGUAUGAAUACCCCUGAUUUUUUGAGACUAAAAAUCCAUUUUUAUGCAUAACGAAUAACUUUAAUUGAAUAUUCAAUACAAGUGUAAAUAAACGGGUGUUACUGCGUUCCAUUCAAAUAAAUAACCAAAGCAAGCCAAAAACUAAAUGUAAACAUUAGUUAGUAUAUAAAAGACUUACUAAAAUUUUAGACGCAGCCAAGCCAAAAAAAACCCAAAACGUAAAACCGAAACUUAAUCAACUAAAUAAACAGAAUUGUAAGGAGUUGCUCCAACGUUGCGUAUACUUGAUUUGCAACUUAACAUUUUAUGGGAAAGCAAAUGAAAAUAAAAAUAAAAUGGAAAUGGAAAAUUAAUUGAGAUGAAACGAAGUGUUUGCAAUAAUUCUUAAGCCAUAACGAAUAAGAGAA